CGGCGGAGAGGGAAGCGCGGGUUCCUCGCCCCGGGCCGCGGGCUGCCGCGUUUCAAAGAGCGAGCGCGAAGCGGCGAGAGGGGGCGGCAGGGGGUGUCCCGGCACCGGGCGAGACGGAGGGAAGCGCCUCGGCGCAGGGCUGUGGGCGCCGCUUCCUCCCGACGGGCCCCUCGGCUGUUCCCGGGCCAGAGCUGCUUUCACACCGUAAAAGCCGGCCUAGAAGAACUGUCCAAGACUCACAUGCGGAGUUUCAGAGGGCAGACGUGCUUUAUUGCGGCGCCGGGUGCCCAGGGCGUAGCUCCUCCUGUCUUACGCACCGCAUGUGCAUCACGUUGAUGCCUUGAACAAAGGCUGAAAAGUGGAAACACCUGCGAGGAUUUCAAAACCUAUGUGGAUCAAGCUUGUAGAGCUGCAGAUGAAUUUGUCAACAUUUAUUAUGAGACGAUGGAUAAAAGAAGAAGGGCUUUAACAAGACUUUAUUUGGACAAAGCAACAUUGGUUUGGAAUGGUAAUGCAGUGUCUGGGCAAGAAGAACUGAUUAAAUUUUUCGAAAUGUUGCCGUCUAGUGAAUUCCAGGUGAAUGUGUUGGACUGCCAGCCCGUUCACGAGCAAGCUACUCAAGGCCAGACGACAGUCCUCGUGGUGACAAGUGGGACAGUAAAAUUUGAUGGCGACAAGCAGCGCUACUUCAACCAAAACUUCUUGCUGACAGCACAGGCCACACCUACCAACACGGUGUGGAAGAUCGCCAGUGACUGUUUCCGCUUUCAGGACUGGGCCAGUUAGGGAGGGUUGGCCGCGGGACGUGACCUCUCUCAUUCGGCACACGCAUGGACAGCCGUUCUCCACGCCUGGGAAACGCUGGCUCUUCGUCUUGUGUCUGUUGUGAUGGAAGGUCUACAGAUGCUUCAGGGUUGAUCCCAAUGACCGUGGGUUUAGUAGUAAACGAUCUUAAAAUGUGAGAGGUUGCUCGAGUUAGUCAAACCUAAUGAAAUGUCGAAGGUAGUGAGCUAUGUUGGAAUCAUUCCUCAAAUGCCUUACAUGCAGCCAUGCUGCCACUUCCAGACUUCUUGUAUGUCAUGCUGAACGCUGAACACAAAAUCCUUCUAAUUUUGGACACAAAAUCCUUCCGAUGUACAAUUCUGACCAAAUGUGUAAUUUUUUUCAGCUUGAUCUGUUUUUACGUUAGUGUCUUCCUUCUUUUGAAGAAGACGCUUGUGACGUGUAGAUAGAAUUCUCAAAGCUGCCUACUCUUGGUUGCAAGAAACUAGGAGGGAUUGACAAUAAUUUCUAAUGGUUUUGAAAGUAACAAAUACAGCUUCUGAGAGUGUAAUCAUUGAAAUAAUCCGUUGGAAAGCUAAUGUUACCUUUUCUGAUACGAAAAGACUAAAUAGUCUCAUCAGAUUGCCUUGUGGCUUAAGCUUCUCAGACUUUGGUUGUAGUUCACUUACAUGGAUUUGUAUGUAGGGCAUGCUGAAUGAUUCAGAGCUCCUGUGCCAUCAACUCUGUCACAUGCAUGUGAAGGACUUCAAACUAUUUUGCUUUUGAAGUCUUAAAAGUGUAAGGAAUUAGGUCAGUUACAUCAAAUCCAUUGGCUUUAACUGUUAAUUCUGUUGCUAUCAUGUUUGGACUGUUUUCCCCAUAUUCAGUCUGUAAGUUUUGGAUACUGUCUUUUCAGGAAACAUUCUAGUAAAAAGGUGGCACUGAAAGUGUGUAUUACUGUGAAGUCUUCAAGUUUUCUCUUCAGUACUGUUAUUCGGAACCGGUGCUUUGCUUAUUUUCAACUCGAAAGAACAGAUCUGAACAGAAGUACCAUCUUCCUCUCAUGCAGAUUUUUACUGUAUUUUUCAUAUUAUUUUAAAAUAUUGCCUUUAAGUAUUGAUUAUGGGUGGGGUUUUGUGUCUUGCUUGAAAUUUGCAGUGUAAAGCUUUUAGCUGCUUUAAAAAAGUUUUCAAGGCUGCAGGUUAAGACUGUCUGUCUUAACUUGGGAACUUCAGAGUAAAUCUGAAUAUCAGCAGAUUUGUUUCAAACUGGUACGUUGCUAUUUUAAGAUUAACAAAAAGAAAUCAGAAUGUAUCUAUAGACAUAGGAGCACGUUUGCUCAUAAUGGAAAAUACAUGAGGGGAACUUGUAACUCUGAUCUUAAUACAUGUUGCGGUGGCAGCAGCAACCUGAAUACAAAAGUGGUUAUGACUGCAGCUCACUUAUUUUUACGACUUCAAUCGGGAAAACUGUGAAAAUGAGCAAUAUCUAACUUGUGUCAAGCGUCUUGAGACACCUGUAGUUGGUGAUACAAUCCCACAAAUAAGGGGAUGUUUAGGUGGAAUGGGUGGUUUUAUUUCCUUUUAAGGCACUCUAGUCUUUAUAUUAGUAAGAUUCAAUUAGUGACCUGUCUCUACUCAGAAGCUGUUCAUGUUCUGAACUCUUGUGUAACUGUUUUUCAGCCUGAAGAAUGAGUUCUUGCAAGACAAUGCAAGAAGUCCAGAAUUUUUGAAAACUGUAAAUACUGUAAAUACAUUGUUAUGUAGUGAAGAAAGGAUCACUCUAUUUAAUUACUUUUUGUUCUUAACAGAAUAUUCAAGGUUCAUAUAUUUGUAUUUCUUCUACAAGAUUGAAAGAAAACUUACCCCUGAAUUUGCCUGUUACUGAUACAGCAUUGUGGAGCCACGGCACGGGCCCAGUGUGCUUUUCUGGUUUUUUGGUUUGCUCUUAAUUCUAUCAGUAGUGUUACAAAUCUGCUUUGCCUACACAAAAUGGGUUUUGACUAUUGGAAUAUAGUGAUGGGUGCAACUGUAGCAUUUGCUUGUUCAACACACAUUUGUAUCUGUACUUGAUACGCGUGUCCUGGGAAUAAAUACUCAUGGAAUAUUUUAAUUCAGGUUUUAUUUUGUAUAGUAGGUUUUAAGCUUUUUCUAGGCAGACUGGGAAACUUUGAAUAAAUGAGGCAAUGUUUCAGUCAAAUGUUAUUCUUCUUCUCAAUGAUUUUCAUGCUAUUCAAAUGCAGGCUGCUUUUAGAUCUGACUUCUGCAAUUCAUAUUAAAGAAACCCAACCCAACAAAAAAGCCAACCCUGCCUGAAACAUGAUUGAUGGAGCUUAUUAACUGGCCUAGCUGAACGAAGUCAGUUUAAACUCUUACUUGGUGAGAUAUGUAGUUGGAAUUGGACUCGGUAUGCAUACAGAGGGAUUUGGAGAGAAAUCUACUAGAACAUAAUUGCAUCAGCUUAAGGAGAAGUGCCUCUUAUGUGCUGCCUGUUUCCAUCACCUUUCACGUGGAUCCCUUGAGGUGAUUCAGUACUACCAGGGAUAGCUGUUGCUGUUUAUAACUGAAAAUGCUGGUUUACACAACAUUUUUGUGGAACAUAUUGAGUGAUAAUGCAACUAUUAGAUUUAAUUAGAUUCUGUGAUUCUGUUUCUUUCUUUACUCAAAUUGGUGAUUUUUACAACCAAGUAAUUAAUGGCACAAACAAAACUCUUCUGUACUAGCUGGAGAAGUUAGAGAUGCUGUGCUGCUUCUUAAAAAUGCUGUGCUGGAAUUAGCAGACAAGAGCAUACAAAUGUGGGUUUUAUUCUGUCCGGUACAAAACUGUCCAGCUGGUUUAAUGCUCCCCACUGUUGACUCUGCUGUAAUAUCAGAGAUUUACAAUGAGCAUCUGUAAAGUGAACAUAUUUAUGCUCUAAACUGUAAACAGGAGUUAAUACUGCCCCAUUUUGUGCUGUUUGAUACCAGGUUACUCAUGCACUUGUUCAAGUGAAUCAAAGGUAGCUGGUGAGCUAAGCACUUCCACAUACUAAACUGUGGAGACUGAAGACUUGAUAGUAUAUUUUGCCCAGAGGGGCUGAGGCUGCCUCAUCCCAAGGCCAGACUGGAGGGAGUUUGGAGCAACCUGGUCUAGUGGAAGAGGCCCCUGCCCUGGGUGAGGGAAAAAGGCUGGAACUAGCUGAUCUUGAAGGUCUGUUCCAGUCCGGACCAUUUUGUGUUUCUGUAUUCCUUUUAUUAUCACUGUCAGUCACUGUUUUUACAUUGCUUUGUUCUUUUGGCAUGCUACAGUUAAAUUGACUUAAAGUACUUCUGCUUGUCAUUCUUGGAGAAAAGUGAUUUGUUGUGAUAUUACGAACGAUCUGACGGUUACGAUAUGCAUCCACUUCCUUAUCCUGAUUGGAGAAAAGCACAUUAUAAAGAAAUGCUGUUUUAUCAGUAACUUUCCACACUUGAAUACAUUUUAUAAGGUUUUGAAAUUGUUUAAGACCUCUUGUAAGGUUAAUUUUAAAAAAAAUAAACCCCCAAAACCUA